UUCUUCACUUUAAUUCGCUCAUCUUCUAUAUAUUUACUGCACUCUUAUCAUCCAGUCCUCCACCAUGGGAAUAAGCAUGAAGGUGCAUCAGUUCGCACGUGGAUUUUGGGAGCACGAACCCUCCCUCACGCUUGGCUGCAAGCGCUUACGCCCUCUCGCUCCCAAGCUGGCUAACCCCGACGCUUCUCCCGUCCCGCCGGCUUUCGACCUCAAGAGCUUCAUCCGACCCGAAAGUGGUCCCAGAAAGCUCGGAUCCCCUGACGACAACAGAGAUCCUCCCCAGGUGGAGACGCACCCAGGAGGGACACGGUGGAAUCCAACGCAAGAACAGAUAGGGAUAUUGGAGAUGCUGUAUAAGGGCGGAAUGCGCACUCCCAACGCCCAACAAAUAGAACAAAUUACGGCGCAGCUUGGCAAGUACGGGAAGAUUGAAGGGAAGAAUGUGUUUUAUUGGUUUCAAAAUCACAAAGCCCGCGAGCGGCAGAAGCAGAAGCGGAGCAGUCUUGGUCUUAGCCAUUCUCCGAGAACCCCGGCGCCCAUUACCACUAUCACUUUGGACAUCAGGGGGGAGUUAGAAAGAGAGGAAGAUAGUCCAUACAAGAGGAAGUGUCGGAGCUGGGGUUUUGAAAGCUUAGAAGAAGAAGAAAGCAGGUCAUGUAAAGAGGAGGGAGAUAGAACUCUGGAGCUCUUCCCAUUACACCCGGAAGGCAGAUGAAGGGGUUUAAAAUAUUCUUUUUCUUUGAGCUUUUGUUCGAUCGAUCCCAUUGUAAGCUGCUUUGAUGUGCUUUUUUUUUCUUUCUUUUUUUCUUUCUUUUUCUUCUUUCUUCGUUUUCGGGAAAGAAGAAAGACAAAGUUGUCUCUUUGUACGCUACUGCUUAUUAUUAUUCCUGACUUGUAACCAAAGCGCUAUCUCACUCUUUAUUCGACGA